AUGUCACAAAAUUUUAUCUUGGAACUGGAACUGUUUGAUGUGUGGGGAAUCGAUUUCGUGGGACCAUUCCCAACCUCAUAUUCAAACAAGUACAUCUUGGUAGCAGUGGAUUACGUUUCCAAGUGGGUAGAGGCUAUUGCCACUCCAACGAAUGAUAACAAGAUGGUCAUGAACUUCCUCAGAAAGAAUAUCUUUAGCCGUUUUGGAGUCCCCCGAGCACUCAUCAGUGAUAGAGGGAGUCAUUUUUGUAACAGACCACUAGAAGCGCUCCUCCUACGAUAUGGGGUAAAACACAAGGUUGCCACACUUUACCAUCCCCAAAUAAGUGGGCAAACUGAGAUAUCCAACAGAGAGCUAAAAAGGAUUUUGGAAAAGACUGUGGGUGCAUCAAGAAAGGAUUGGUCGAAGAAGCUGGAUAAUGCUCUUUGGCUGGAUCACAAAGCUCUCUGGGCUCUCAAGAUACUAAAUUUUGACAGCAUUGCUGCUGGUGCAAAGAGGAUCUUGCAGCUGCAAGAGAUGGAGGAAUUUAGAUCACAAGCCUAUGAAAAUGCCAAGAUUUAUAAAGAAAAGGCAAAGAGAAGACAUGACCUGCAUCUUGCACCCAGAAGUUUCGAAAAGGGGCAACAAGUACUCCUCUACAAUUCCAAAUUGAGUCUGUUCCCAGGAAAACUCAAAUCAAGGUGGUCCGGACCUUUUCUUGACACAAAAGUCUUGCCAUAUGGACACAUAGAAAUCAUGGAUGAAAGUUCAGAGAGGACUUUUACUGUGAACGGACAAAGGCUGAAGCAUUAUAUGGGCAACAUGGAGGAAAACCCCAGAGUAAAGUAUUAUCUCAAGUAA